AUGAUAGAUACUAUAUGCUCUGAAUUUCCAUAUUAUGUUUUUAUUGCUUCCUUCGUGUAUAGUAUGGUCUUUGAGCGAAGCAAAAGGAUUAAGGCGGUUCCUUCGGGCAGGUCUUUCUUUGCACGGUUUGCGCUGUGCUGUGUGGUGAGCGUUCUUGUAAAGUAUCCGUUCAACGGGGACCGGCCGGGUGUUUCUGGGCCGGCCAUUCCAAGCAGGUGGAAACACUCGAAAACGCUUUCAGACCUAGACGGCAUAGAGAGAGUCGUGAUAGAGCCAAAGUCGCACGCGGGCAUGCUUUUGGAGCAGCCCAAAAGGGACGUGCUUCACAUCCCUGUAAGCUUCUCGCAGCUUAAAAACAGACUCUUGCCCAGCACAGGAACUCCCAGCAGCCACAGUGUUGUUUCAGGGUACUUGACUGCGAGAAUGCUGGAGUCUGGGUGCAAUCCUGUGCUGUCGCUUUGUCCCAUGAUAGUUCCUGUUGCAAGAGUUGUCUAUGGGCACCACUAUGUGUACCAGGUUGUGCUGGGAGUGUUUGUGGGGGUUUUUCUGGUGAAGGGUCUUCAUAUGUAG